AAAAAGACAGAAUCAUCCCCUAUUCGCUCAUCUUUACACGCAUUCAAAGUUCAGCUCCGAGUCGAGAAAAUUGGAGAAAGUCAGUUUUAUAGCGCUUUUUGAUCAUUUGUAAAGUGGUGAAGUCCUUGUUAAUCUUAUUUAUACACCUUAAUAUUAGAAGAAAGAAAGAAAAGUCUCCCUGUGGGCCAACUUUCACUUGGCUGAAAAUCGAUUCGGUAAAAGUUUCACACCAAACAACAAUGUCUGGAAUCUGCGGAGAAGUUUUCGUGGUCCUCGCACCAUUUGUCGGUUCUGACAAGUCGGUUAUCUUUGGACGGAACGGGCUUCGAGAACCGGUGGACGGAUCAGCCGUGACCGAGGUGCACUUCCAUCCUGCCUCCGAAGCUACUGGACCGGUGAAAUGUGAUUCGGUGGAAAUUGAUGAUGGUGUGGCUACACUAUCUGUGAUCCUGAACAAGCCGGCCGGCAUGUGGGGUGCCGAAAGCGGUUCCAACGAAAAGGGCGUCUGCAUCGGGCUGACCUUCAGCGAAGGGUUCCCCGUCGGGGGCAAGCUGAACCCUACCGAUUUAGUAAGAUUGGGUCUAGAGCGUUCAACAAGUGCCUCGGCUGCAGUAGACACCAUGACAUCGCUUAGCGCUAAGUAUGGUCCCGAGGGAGAGAGCAAAGAUUCCGCCAAAGCUGCAUUUGUGAUUUGUGAUCCUAACGAGCUGUGGCUGUUGAACAUCGUUGGAAGCUUGUGGGCCGCCCAAAAAGUUUCCGACAGCGGUAGUUUGGCUCUUAAGCCCGGUCUAUCCGUUUUCGGUUCGGCUGACCUCAGUUCGGAGGAUUUGUCUGCGAAACUGCAGGCCGCAGGUUUGUGGGAUGGUUCAGGUGAUUUGAAAUUUGCUGCAGUCUUCGGAUCGGAAUCGAAUCGCUCUUGGCCCGGUAGUGAACCAUCUGGGGAGGGUUUGUUCGGAGUCACCCAGAUGUUCGAAACACUUCGUGCUGCAGGUGCUGAAGGCAGUGCUCUCUCCAGUCAAGUUACGGUAUUGUCUAAAGAAGGUCUAUCCUGCCACUGGUUCACUGCUACACCAAAUCCUUUGGAAUCGGUGUUUAAACCCUUUAUCUUUACAACCGGGGCCAAAAUCUCUCCAUUGACCAAAGUACCAGACGGCGAAAGUUGUUCGCUUCUGCACAAACUACAUAGCAAUCGGAAAUGGGAAAAUGUUGGCGAUUUGUUGAAAUCCCUUGAAAGCACUUGCGUUGACGAAGUCGAUGGCUUCAUUAGUAAGCAAUCAGGGGAUCCUAGCCAAGAGUUAGACGAACUGAUGAAAGAUUGUGUCGAAGCCGAAGUAAAAUUCUAUCGUUAAAUCUUCGAGCAUCUUUGGACAAAAAUCCAGUUACCACAUUCAAUGGGAAGCAAACAGAUCUGACAACAGUCGGCACCGAAAUCGGCGCUAUCUAAUAGUCAACCGUACUUUACAAAAUGACAUUCCUUACAAGACUUGCUUAAAGUUUCUUUUUCUCUUGAAAUAAAUCAUACCAAAUUUACACGAGGACAAGAGUAGGUUAGCGAGUUGUUUGUUUGGCAACGCUGAAUUUUUAGGAAAAAAGUGAAAGAAAACAGUGUAAUCUCUAGAAUUAAAUUAAUACUAACAAUACUGCUUCAGAUUAUACAACGCAUUCAGCUGCGGUUAGCGCUUUGAUACACCAACAAUGGCAUAGAAUACAAAAAAAUUAUCAAUUUUUCUAUUUUCUGAUAUAGCGAUGCUGUGUUGUAUUGCAUUUUUCGAUGUGUGUGUAUUAAACAUUUUCCACAUUGUGAGUUUUUCAUUCCAAACAAAGUUAUCGAAAAUCGAAAAACUAACGAAUUAGGUACCUAGUAUAUUAUGUUUGAAAAAUUUGACAGAUUUCUAGCAUGUGAGAGAUCUCAUUUCAUAGGUUUAUAUAUUUUUUGUUUAUUAAGUGGUUACGAUAAAGCUUCUCUGUGUUUAUGAUUAACUAUGAUAGAUUUUUAAGUCGUUCCUAUCUGUUUUACAGUUUUUGUGAGCCAGUAUGAUAUUUACUAUCAUUACACCAACUUUCAGUAUAAUACAAUAAACAUUACGCGCAUCUCGAUGAAACAAGUAUUAGUAUAUCAAUUGUAUCAACAUUAACGCUACCAAUGAUCCAGUAUAGAACACUUGGUUGAUAUUAAACCGACAUUUCCUGCGAGAAGAAAAACAAUAAAAAUUGAAUAAUAAAAUGGAAACGCAUAAAA